GGGAUGCUGUCUGACGGAGUACGGCUCGGAUCAGUGGAUGAGGACUCGGAUGCUCUACUUGAUGCUCUGCCGCGGAUGAAGAUGAUCGAUCCGCGGGACGAUGGGACCAGGACCUGAAAGGCAGCUGCGCUGCAGGAACACUCCGAGACGCGCGUGUCCCAGUGACAUGCGAUGCCAUUGACCUGGAGGAAGAAGAGGAGCGUGAUGAUCGUGCGUGAGCGGCGCUGACAGCAGCGGACAUGUUCGAGGAGAGCCACAAAAGGGGUGGUUGCAAUGGCUACACCAAUGCUGUGGACGGGGAGAAUGAUGGGGGGGAGGGGGAAGAAGAGGAAGAAGGAGGAGACCAGGGGGAAGAGGUGGACAACGAAGGAGGAGAGAGAGAUCUGGAGUGGGAUGAAGAACUGGACGGAGGAAAUGAAGGGGGAGUGAGGAUGACAAGAACCGAUACGCUUCAUUCAACCACCAGUUCAACCGCAACUCAGAGAAGACGGGGACAGCAUUCCAAGAAACAGGCACAAGGCAAUAAUCAAGUCCAGCGCGCUCCACGAGCGCUUUACUGUCUGAAGCUGAACAAUCCCAUCAGACGAGCGGCGCUGUCAAUCGUGGAGUGGAAACCUUUUGACAUCUUUAUCCUGUUAGCCAUCUUUGCUAACUGUGUUGCCCUGGGAGUUUCAAAACCAUUUCCCGAGGAUGACUCCAACUCUACAAACCACGACCUGGAACAAGUGGAGUACGUGUUCCUCAUCAUCUUCACCGUGGAGACCUUUCUGAAGAUCCUGGCCUAUGGUCUGGUCAUGCACCCCAGCUCUUACAUCCGCAACGGCUGGAACCUGCUGGACUUUGUCAUCGUCAUUGUGGGGUUGUUCAGUGUGGUUUUGGAGACCAUGACUCAUAAGUCGACUGGUGAGCAGGCCACCACUCAUCACAUGCCUGGAAAGCCAGGAGGUCUUGACGUCAAAGCUCUAAGAGCUUUCAGAGUCCUUCGGCCCCUCAGGCUGGUUUCUGGAGUCCCCAGUCUGCAGAUCGUGCUGAACUCCAUCAUGAAGGCCAUGGUUCCUCUGCUUCACAUCGCCCUGCUGGUCCUCUUUGUCAUCAUCAUCUACGCCAUCAUCGGCCUGGAGCUCUUCAUUGGCCGCAUGCACAGGACGUGUUACUACACCCGAACAGAUAACUACGUGGAGGAUGAACCGGUGCCGUGUGCGUUUGCCGGUCACGGCCGCCAGUGCAUCAUAAAUGGGUCAGAGUGCAGAGGAGGCUGGGACGGCCCCAACGGAGGAAUCACCAACUUUGACAACUUUUUCUUCGCCAUGCUGACGGUGUUCCAGUGCAUCACCAUGGAGGGCUGGACGGACGUCCUGUACUGGAUGAACGACGCCAUCGGCUUCGAGCUGCCAUGGGUCUACUUCGUCAGUCUGGUGAUCUUCGGUUCCUUCUUUGUCCUCAACCUUGUUCUGGGAGUCCUGAGCGGAGAGUUCAGUAAAGAAAGGGAGAAGGCCAAAGCUCGGGGAGAUUUCCAGAAACUGCGGGAGAAGCAGCAGAUGGAGGAGGAUCUGUGCGGAUACAUGGACUGGAUCACUCAGGCGGAGGACAUGGAUGACCUGGAUGAGGAUGGAAACCCGAGACCAUCUCUGGGGGACCUGUCCGAUAAGAAGCGGGGAAAGUUCGGAUGGUUCAGCCACUCCAAUGAAACUCACGCGAGUCUUCCAGCCAGUGAGACAGCCUCCGAAAACACAGAGAACAUUGAUGAAGAACACACCAACUGCUGCCAGGCCUGCUGCGCUCGGAUGAUGAAGAUCGGCUGCUGUCGGACGCUGCGCCGCUGGAACCGCGUCUGCCGCAGGAACUGCCGCACGGCUGUCAAAUCUGUAACCUUCUACUGGCUGGUUCUGCUGCUCGUCUUCCUCAACACGUCCCUCAGUGCUUCUGAGCACUACAACCAGCCUGAAUGGCUGACACAAGUCCAAGACAUUGCCAACAAGGUGCUGCUGUCUCUCUUCACGGUGGAGAUGCUGCUGAAGAUGUACAGCCUGGGCCUGGCUCAUUACUUCACGGCGUUCUUCAACCGCUUCGACUGCUUUGUGGUGUGCGGCGGCAUCAUGGAGACCAUCCUGGUUGAGUUGGAGAUCAUGCCGCCUUUGGGCAUCUCCGUGCUGCGCUGCGUCCGCCUGCUGAGGAUCUUCAAGGUUACGCGCCAUUGGACGGCUCUCUCCAACCUGGUGGCGUCGCUGCUGAACUCCAUGAAGUCCAUUGCCUCCCUGCUGCUGCUGCUCUUCCUCUUCCUCAUCAUCUUCGCUCUGCUCGGAAUGCAGCUGUUUGGAGGAAAGUUCAACUUUGAUGAGACGCAGACCAAACGCAGCACGUUUGACGCCUUCCCACAGGCGCUGCUCACCUGUUUCCAGAUCCUGACAGGUGAGGACUGGAACGUGGUCAUGUACGAUGGCAUCAUGGCAUACGGCGGCCCUGUGUUUCCAGGGAUGAUUGUCUGCAUUUACUUCGUCAUCCUCUUCAUCUGUGGUAACUACAUCCUGCUGAAUGUCUUCUUGGCCAUCGCUGUGGACAAGAAGAAGAAGGAAGGGGCUGAGGAGGCAGAGGAAGAGGAGGUGAAGGUGGAUGUGGACGAAGACACAGAGUAUGAGGAAGAGGAAGAGCUCCCUGAGGGAGAUGAGGAUGACGGAGGGGUCCAGUUGAAGAUGGCAGAUCUCACUCCACCUAAAGAGAAAGUUCUCCCCAUUCCUGAAGGCAGCGCAUUCUUUUGCCUCAGCAAAACAAACCCGAUCCGCGUGGCUUGCCAUACUCUGAUCCACCAUCACAUCUUCACCAACCUGAUCCUGGUCUUCAUCAUCCUCAGCAGCUGCUCGCUGGCCGCUGAAGAUCCAAUCAGAGCGCACUCCUUCAGGAAUAACAUUCUGGGUUACGCAGAUUACGCCUUCACCUCCAUCUUCACCGUGGAGAUCCUGCUGAAGAUGACGGUGCACGGAGCCUUCCUCCACCAGGGCUCCUUCUGCAGGAACUGGUUCAACCUCCUGGACCUGCUGGUGGUCAGCGUCUCGCUGGUCUCCUUCUUCCUGCACUCCAGCGCCAUCUCAGUGGUGAAGAUCCUGAGAGUCCUGCGGGUUCUGCGACCUCUGAGAGCCAUAAACAGAGCCAAAGGACUGAAGCACGUGGUCCAGUGCGUGUUCGUGGCCAUCAGGACCAUCGGGAACAUCAUGAUCGUCACCACGCUGCUGCAGUUCAUGUUCGCCUGCAUCGGAGUUCAGCUCUUCAAGGGUAAAUUUUACCGCUGCACAGACGAGGCCAAAAGCACUCCUGAACAGUGCAAAGGGACGUUCGUGGUGUACAAAGACGGAGACGUGACCCACCCCAUGGUCCGACAGCGGAUCUGGCUCAACAGCGACUUCAACUUUGAUAACGUCUUGAUGGGGAUGAUGGCGCUCUUCACCGUGUCCACCUUUGAGGGAUGGCCUGCGCUGCUGUACAAAGCCAUAGACGCCAACGGCGAGAACUCUGGUCCCAUCUACAACUACAGAGUGGAGAUCUCCAUCUUCUUCAUUGUAUACAUCAUCAUCAUCGCUUUCUUCAUGAUGAACAUUUUCGUGGGUUUUGUCAUCAUCACCUUCAGGGAGCAAGGAGAGCAGGAGUACAAGAACUGCGAACUGGACAAGAACCAGCGUCAGUGUGUGGAGUACGCCUUGAAGGCUCAGCCUCUGAAACUGUACAUACCAAAGAACCCGGUCCAGUAUAAGUUCUGGUCCAUCAUCAACUCGACGGGUUUCGAGUACGUGAUGUUUGUCCUGAUCCUUCUCAACACCGUCACUCUGGCUGUGCAGCACUAUGAGCAGUCCAAAACCUUCAGCUACAUCAUGGACAUCCUCAACAUGGUUUUCACUGGACUUUUCACUGUGGAGAUGCUGCUGAAGCUGCUCGCUCUGAGACCUCGGCACUACUUUGUGGACCCCUGGAACUCUUUUGAUGCUCUGAUUGUGGUGGGCAGCGUGGUCGACAUCGUGGUCACAGAGUUUAGUAGUGGGGAGGACAGCUCCCGGGUGUCCAUCACAUUCUUCAGGCUGUUUCGAGUGAUGCGAUUGGUCAAGCUGCUGAGCAAAGGGGAGGGGAUUCGCACUCUGCUGUGGACGUUCAUCAAAUCGUUGCAGGCACUUCCGUAUGUGGCUUUGCUCAUCGCCAUGAUCUUCUUCAUCUACGCCGUCAUCGGCAUGCAGACGUUUGGGAAAAUUGCGAUGCAGGAUUACACUCAGAUCAACAGGAACAACAACUUCCAGACUUUUCCACAGGCUGUCCUCCUGCUCUUCAGGUGUGCCACAGGUGAGGCGUGGCAGGAGAUCAUGCUCGCCAGUCUUCCAGGUAAACGCUGCGACCCAGAGUCCGACUACGAACCAGGAGAGGAGUUCAGCUGCGGCAGCAACUUCGCCAUUGUUUAUUUCAUCAGCUUCUUCAUGCUGUGUGCCUUCCUGAUCAUCAACUUGUUUGUUGCCGUCAUCAUGGACAACUUUGACUAUCUGACACGUGAUUGGUCCAUUCUGGGGCCUCAUCAUCUAGACGAGUUCAAGAGGAUCUGGUCUGAGUACGAUCCAGAGGCCAAAGGUCGAAUCAAGCAUCUGGACGUGGUGGCUCUGCUGCGCAGGAUUCAGCCUCCAUUAGGUUUUGGGAAGCUCUGUCCACACAGAGUGGCCUGUAAGCGUCUGGUGGCCAUGAACAUGCCUCUGAAUGCUGACGGGAUGGUGACCUUCAACGCCACUCUCUUUGCUCUGGUUCGCACUGCGCUGAAGAUCAAGACAGAGGGUCAUCCUGAGCAGGAGAACGAGGAACUGAGGGCCAUCAUCAAGAAGAUCUGGAAGAGAAUGAAGCCCAAACUGCUGGAUGAAGUCAUCCCUCCACAUGAAGAAGAAGAAGUCACUGUUGGAAAGUUCUAUGCGACAUUCCUGAUCCAGGACUACUUUAGAAAGUUCCGGAAACGAAAAGAGAAGGGAGAUCUGACAGGAGACCCGAACUCCACCAAUCCGUCGGCCGUCCAGUUAUGCAAAGCAGGUCUGAAGACUCUCCAGGACCUGGGUCCAGAGAUGCGUUUGGCUCUGAAUGAAGACCUGGAUGAGGAGGAGGCCAUGCUGGAGGAAGAGGAGAUGGAGGACAGCGCCUCCUACAUGGCUGAAAACCAUUUUGAAGCAGAGAAAGAGAGACGAGGCUCCAUACUAACACCCACUGGUUUGGGUGGUGUCCUGGCUGACAGCGGCUCCUCCAACGGAUGCCUGGUCCACCGAGUCGGCUCCUUCACCAAGAUGGCCAAUGGGAAUGAACACGGGGACCAUUCUCGCCGCAAAGAAAGCUUGAGGUCUUCUUUCAAUCAACGCCAUUCAUUGGGGAAGAGCAGCCUUCUAGAUCACGCUCACAGAAGACCAUCGUUCUACAAAAAUGAACGGAAGGAAUCAAGAGACCGGUCGUGGAGGAACGGAGAUGUGGAGGCGUAUGGAGAACAGGGCUACUACAGCAGAGAGGAGGACAGUGAGAGCAUCACUUCCAGAGACAGGGAUCACCCCAUCGGGAACACCGCAUGCACUAACAGCAGCUAUGGUGACGGCUACAGUGAAGGCAGGAGGACAACCCGAAGACGCCUGCUGCCGGCCACGCCCACAGGUCGGAAGCCCUCCUUUAACAUUCAGUGUCUGAGGCGGCAGGGCAGCAGCGAUGACCUGCCCAUCCCCGGGACGUACCACCCGACGUCACCGCAGCGCCGCUCGCACGCUCAGGUUUUUAACAGCUAUGAUUCCCGGCGCUCCUCCGGACACUCCACGGCGACCUCCUCCACCUCGUGGGCGAACCCCUGUCCUCGCCGUGGUCGGCUCCUUUAUGCUCCUCUCAUCCUGGUGGAGGAGGAGGGCAGCCCGCCCUGGUUGGGUGGGGGGCCUGGUGGAGAGGGCAAGAGAGGAGGAGCAGAAAGAACAGGUGUCAGCACAACAAGUGCCGUCCCCAGACCAGCCUGGUACGGAGCAACUCCAGGAUCCUCAGCUCCGCCUCCGUACCGGGCUUACACCACCCUUCGAGUCCCCCCCCAGCUCAACGCUCCAUUCACAGAGAAGCGCGGGUCAGCUGACAGUCUGGUGGAGGCGGUUCUGAUCUCAGAAGGACUUGGCCUUUACGCUCGGGAUCCAAAGUUUGUGGCGUUUGCCAAGCGGGAAAUCGCUGACGCGUGCCACAUGACUGUGGAUGAGAUGGAGUCUGCCGCCAGCGACCUGCUGGGUUCUGGGAGCCACGCCUUCCUCAGCGGCGCUGCCGUCGACUCGGCCGGGCUCUACAGCGACGAGGAGCCAAUCAAGACGAGCCGCGAUGAGGACGAGCUGGCGGACGAAAUGACAUGUGUCACGUCAUUCUGAGGCUCCGGACCAAUCACAGACAAUUAGAUGUGGGUGGGGCCUCUGUGUAGUUUGAGACGUUUUUUUACAGAACGGAGACUAUGUUUUUAUUUAUCUAUUGUUGUUCAUCUCUGCUGGUUCAAGUGUUGACCAGCAGGGGGAGGAACGAGUCGGCUCACUUCAGUCAGGAAGGACAAGAAAGAGGAGAGUCCAAAGAAAUUUUUACAAGAACAGACGACCAAAAGAAAAAAGAAAUGAUUGUAGAAUAGAGGAUAAAAGAGACAUAAUAUAAAAAUCCGUAAUAUAUCCAAUAAAACAAAACAAACAUUUUCAAGCAAAAGUUAAAAAACACUCAUCAUGUCUGGGCAGAGUAGUGAGAAAGGAACUUCUGUUCAGUUUUCAAUACUUAUUAAAUUUUAAAAAAGAAGAAAAUGUACACAACAAAGCCUUGAAACUCUGCUUUACAAUAAGGACGUCUUGCAGGAAAAUCUGGAAGGAUAAUCAAAGUGUAAUUAUUUUAUAUCCAACAGUGCAUACUUUCAAAUAAAACUCGGAGAGAGUUUAAAAUGCAUGCUCUAACAAGCUUGAGUAAGAUCAUUUAAAGGGGCUAUACCAUGAAAUCAACUUUUUUCAGCUUUUAAUUUUAUAAUGUUCACUCCUCAAGGAAAACACCCCAAAGCGGCAUUUUCAUCCCCUCUGAGCAUUCCUCUAAACCUGCUCUCUGACCACAAGCCCUCCAAAUAUCUGGGUCUCCAUGUUCAUAUGUAUGAACGUGGAGGAACAGCCCCUUCCAGCCCUCCAUACAUCUGGGAGGAACAGCCCCUUCCAGGAGGAGUCUGUGCUGCCAGCACCGCCCCCAGACUUACACCUUUCUCCAGUAAGCUAAUGCUUUCAUUUCAGCAUCAACUUUGAGGAGAAGUGGUUCCUCUUCCAGAUAAUCUGCAGUAACAACAGCUUGUUCGUUUUCAUCAUGAAAUGGGCGGGACCCAUAGAGAGUGAAAGGCGGAGCCUCAGAGAUCAAAGCAUGUGACAUCUAAUUAAUGUGUUUUUAGUGUCCCUAAGGUCAUAUAUGAUCAUUUCUAUGGAUAUAGUUUACUCUGAAAUAAUAGCAUGGUAUAGGCCCUUUAAAUCAAUUUUGAUUACCAAUAAUUGAUUUCCCUUUAAGAGCCUUUAGCAUCGAUAACGCUCGUGAAACCAUUUGGGAAGAACCUCCUCAGACGGAUGUUUCCUUCAUAACCAGAAUUGAGAAUCCAGAGACUCUUCCUGCUGAUGUGAAUGAUCCUCUCUUUGGCUGAAACACUUCCAGGUUUUUUAUUGUCUUUGAAGGAGGCAUAUUUACUCCCCACCCAAAAAAAUAAAUGAACCCCUUUUGUCUUUUGUUUUUUUUUGUAUGACCAUGCUAAUUGUGCUGUUUUUUUUUUUGUUUUUUUUUAAUCCAACAUUCAUAUUUUUCUGUUUCAGGUUCUAAAUCAUUCAAUCUAAAACGGUCUUCUUGUUUCAUCUUAACUUUUGUGUUUAGUCAUUCCACCAUUUUUCUUUCAUUUUGGAUAGAGUCAAAUAAGUUAAGGGCUUAAAACCCCAAAUCCUGGAGAAUUCCCAAAGAAACUUUCAGUUAAAAGAUGCUGAUGAGAAACUCAAAUAAAGACAAAACUAGCAA